AUGGCGGCCAUGCCCCCUGCCACGAUUUACCCUCAGAGCCAUGUUGGUUUUGACAGCAUCACGUCGCAGAUCGAGCGCAAGCUCCUGAAGCGUGGGUUCCAGUUCAACGUUAUCUGCGUUGGCCAGACCGGUCUUGGCAAGUCGACCCUGAUCAACACCAUCUUCGCUUCCCACCUGAUGGAGUCCAAGGGCCGUCUCAUGCCAGAGGAGACCAUCCGCUCGACCACUGAGAUCCACGCUGUUUCGCACAUCAUCGAGGAGAACGGCGUUCGGCUCCGCCUGAACAUUGUCGACACCCCCGGCUACGGCGAUCUGAUUAACAACGACCGCUGCUGGGAUCCUAUCGUCAAGUACAUCAAGGACCAGCACUCUGCGUACCUGCGCAAGGAGCUCACCGCCCAGCGUGAGCGCUACAUCCAGGACACGCGCAUCCACUGCUGCUUGUUCUUCAUCCAGCCGUCGGGCCACUCGCUCAAGCCCAUCGAUAUCGUCGUGCUGAAGAAGCUCUCCGACGUUGUCAACGUUGUGCCCGUCAUUGCCAAGUCCGACUCGCUGACCCUGGAGGAGCGCCAGGAGUUCAAGGCCCGUAUCAAGGAGGAGUUUGCUUUCCACAAUCUGAAGAUGUACCCCUACGACAACGACGAGUUUGACGAGGAGGAGGUUGCCGUCAACACGGAUAUCAAGAGCCUGAUCCCUUUCGCUGUCGUCGGCUCCGAGAAGUCCAUUAUCAUCAACGGCAAGCAGGUCCCGGCUCGCCAGAACCGGUGGGGCGUCAUCAACGUCGAGGAUGAGGACCACUGCGAGUUCGUGCACCUGCGCAACUUCCUGCUGCGCACACACCUGCAGGACCUGAUUGAGACUACGUCCCAGAUCCACUACGAGACCUUCCGUGCUAAGCAGCUGCUUGCCCUGAAGGAGAGCAGCGCCCAGGGUGCUGGUGGCCAUGGCAGUCGGCCCAUUAGCCCUGCGGCCGACCGUGAGCUGAGCCGUGGCUCGCAGCGGGUGACCAUGAACGGCUACUAA